AUGGGAAAACUUGUCAAAUUACUGGGCUCAGGCAUCGGGCUCACUUCUGAGGCCAUCCACGCUGCCCGUUCGCGGUCCCGCUCUUCUUCGGCCCAGCCUCAGCCGUCAUCAUCAUCUGCUGCUGUUGCCGCCGAUCCAGAUGCUUCAGAUCGCAGCCCGAAUGAAUAUGCGGAAGUAGACGAUGCCACAGCCCAAGAGAUGGUCCGCAGUGGACGGGCCGUGCUAGCCGUCUAUCCCAGCGACGAGAAGGAACGCGCAUCUAAGUCCAAAGCCGCGGAAGCGAGUUAUGGAUCUGAGGACGACGAUUCCGAGUCAGAUGAGCUUGAAGAACUCAAUGGCGAUGAGGCCGCGUGGGAACUGGAUGAAAUGGCGGAUCGAGUGAGGCCCCCGACGUACGAAGAGUUCGAGGCUGCGGAUUCGGCGGAAUCGGAGGAAGUGAAGGUUAAAAAGGAGGAGGAGAUGGUUCGCGCGCUGGUUCGGAUGGCGGGGCCGCCGCCUCAGCCGAUCAGACGUAUUCCUUAUCCUGUUAUUAUCCCGCAGCGGAGACCAAGGAGGAAAGAUCGUGGCUUUGUGAGGGCGUAUGCGCCUGUGCUGGGUGAUUGCGGUGUUGGGCAGGAGGUAUUCUUGAAGCUUCUAGAAAGUUGGGAUAAGGCGAGCAGGGCUUCUCCAUGGAUUGAUGUCGUCUUCGUAGCUGCGGGUAUCGUGGGCUUUGUCCCCGAGCUUGCUGCCCAGAUCACGAGUGCUGUCGUGCAGGUCAUUGCAGGAACAGCACGUGAGCUGCAGUCGCGCUCACGCAGGAAUACCUUUCUCGACCGGGUCAAUCAAGAUAUCUUCAUGCCACGCGGUCUAUAUGCCAUGGUGAUGGCAUUCAAAGAUGAAGUCCCUGGGCGACAGAGUGGGCCCCUGUCCAAGCUAUCUGGAACCCUCGGACAGACCCUCUUCAAAAGUGAGAAACUUGAUAUCAAUCAAACGGCCGCUAAAUUUAGCAAUCCGGACCCAGAUCUGUCUAAGCUCAAGAAGGGCCUAAGGGAUAUCAGGUUGACCAGCGGCCAGACCCAUGGAGAGAUUGAAUUGCCCGAAGCAGCAGAGCUUGUAUUCCCUGAUCUAGACAUGGCAGCAAAUCAAGCAUUGGAUGGCGAUCGCAAGGGCAAAGAAACGAGGACGCGCGAGAAGUUCAAGAAUGCCGGUGCAUGGGUGCAGGAUUAUCUGGACAGAAAGGGGCAGGCUGCCUUUGAAGCCGAGCAUCAUGGCUCCUCUUUGGCUGUGACCUCGUCUCAAAGGACACAAUUUGCAUCGCGGUAUAGUGACCCCAACCACCCGGCAAACAGUGGCUCAUUGAUCUCGCUCAUCACCGGUGGUUCUAUCAACCCAGACGCAAGACGGCAAGCCAGGAGAGCGUCCAAGCAAGAACGACGAGGACUCAAACGUGAAUAUAAAGAUGCCACGCACGUGGCUCGAGGUCGAUCUCCUCGUGGUCCAAGAAGGGUCAAGAGCAAGGGAAAGCGCAAGGGUAUUGUCAAGAAGGUUCUCACGCAGGACGUUCUGUAUCUUCUUGUUGUGAACCUACCUAACCAGCAAGAAGUCCAGAAUUCUGUUGCUCGAUUGGAGCAUACUAUGGCACAGAUGGAGGCCUCUUCGGCCUCUCGUUGA